AUGAUGACAGAGACCUCAGCCGUUGUAGCCUCUGACGGGCCUGAGGAGACCGUCCGCACAUACUUCCCUGAGACCUGGAUCUGGGACCUGGUGCCUGUGGGGUAAGCAUUGUAACAGACACCAUAUUUGUAGUCCAAUUUCUAUUUAAUUUAACGCACAUUCCUUUUCGUGGCGUGCUGAGCUGAUGAUGCCUUGUAAUAGGGUAAUACUGAAACUACAGGCACGUUUUUGUCCAAAGGGUCGUUUUUUAAGGGGGGAAUAUUUUUAUUUAACCUUUUUUGAAUUGACCAUAAAUCAUGUGUUCUAAUGUUAAUAUAUAUUUUGUUUUUAUUGCACCCUUUUCACCACCACCAGAGAUACAGGAAAAGUGAACGUUGAGAAGACUGUCCCAGACACCAUCACUAAGUGGGCUGCAGGGGCAUUCUGUACUUCCCCAGUGGGUUUUGGCCUGGCUCCCAACACUGGCCUCACUGCCUUCCAACCCUUCUUUGUGAGUCUGACGCUGCCCUACUCUGUCAUCCGGGGGGAGGUGUUCACACUCAAGGCCACAGUGUUCAACUACCUCUCCAAGUGUAUCAUGGUAAGCCCGCCCAGUAUUGUCUCUUUCUUUACCUCUCCAAGUGUAUCAUGGUAAGCCCUCCCAGUAUUGCCUCUUUCUUUACCUCUCCAAGUGUAUCAUGGUAAGCCCGCCCAGUAUUGUCUCUUUCUUUACCUCUCCAAGUGUAUCAUGGUAAGCCCGCCCAGUAUUGUCUCUUUCUUUACCUCUCCAAGUGUAUCAUGGUAAGCCCUCCCAGUAUUGUCUCUUUCUUUACCUCUCCAAGUGUAUCAUGGUAAGCCCUCCCAGUAUUGUCUCUUUCUUUACCUCUCCAAGUGUAUCAUGGUAAGCCCUCCCAGUAUUGUCUCUUUCUUUACCUCUCCAAGUGUAUCAUGGUAAGCCCUCCCAGUAUUGUCUCUUUCUUUACCUCUCCAAGUGUAUCAUGGUAAGCCCUCCCAGUAUUGUCUCUUUCUUUACCUCUCCAAGUGUAUCAUGGUAAGCCCUCCCAGUAUGGCCUCUUUCUUUACCUCUCCAGUCCCACUUCAUUUGGAUAGUCCCUGUAGACCAGGGGUAGGCAACUAGAUUCAGCUGCUGGAUGAUUUUUGUUGGAGUGGUCGGGGGGACGGAAAAUAAUAAUAAUAAUUUGUACUCUGCUAACUAAGCCCAAAAAGAGGUUGUAUUUGAAAAUAACUAUUGAAUGUGAAUAAUUGGGAAUAGAUUUCCUAAAUUAAACUCAUUUUAAGCUGAAUUCCUGGUGAUUUAAAAUAUAUACAGUACCAGUCAAAAGUUUGGACACACCUCAUUCAAGGGUUUUUCUUUAUUUGUACUAUUUUCUACAUUGUAGAAUAAUAGUAAAGACAUCAAAACUAUGAAAUAAUACAUAUGGAAUCAUGUAGUAACCAAGUGUUACACAAAUCAAAAUAUAUUUUAGAUUUUAGAUUCUUCAAAGUAGCCACCCUUUGCCUUGAUGAGCACUUGUUGGCUGCUUUUCCUUCACUCUGCGGUCCAACUCAUCCCAAACCAUCUCAAUUGGGUUGAGGUCGGGUGAUUGUGGAAGCAAGGUCAUCUGAUGCAGCAGUCAUCACUCUCCUGGGUCAAAUAGGCCUUACACAGCCUGGAGGUGUGUUUUAUGUUUUAUUGUCCUGUUGAAAAACAAAUGAUAGUCCCACUAAGCGCAAACCAGAUGGGAUGGCGUAUCGCUGCAGAAUGCUGCGGUAGCCAUGCUGGUUAAUUGUGCCUUGAAUUCUAAAUAAAUCACAGGGAGGGAGGGAGGGAGGGAAGGAGGUAGGGUGUGCGGGCGGGAACGAGGGGAGGGGAGGGGAGGGAGGGAGGGAGGGAGGGAGGGUGGGCGGGGAACGAGGGAGGGGGAAGGAACGAGGAGGGAGGGAGGGUUGACGGGAACGAGGGGAGGGAAGGAACGAGGGAGGGAGGGGGGGGCGCGGGGGAGGGGAACGAGGGGAGGGAAGAACGAGGGAGGGGGGGCGGGAAGGGAAUUGAGGGGAAGGGAAGGGAGGGAGGGAGGAAGGGAGGGAGGGAGGGAGGGAGGGAGGGAGGGAGGAGGGAGGGAGGGAGGGAGGGAUGGAGGGCGGGUUAACGACGGGAGGGAGGGUGGGCGGGGGAACGAGGGGAGGGAAGGAACGAGGGAGGAGGGAAUGGAGUGGCGGAGGGAACGAGGGAGGGAGGGAUGGAGGGUGGGAACGAGGGAUGGCGGGCGGGAACGAGGGAGGGAGGGAGGGAAGAAGGAAGGAAGAGACGAGGGGACGGGGAGGGAGGGAGGGAAGGAAGGAAAGGGAGGGAGGGAGGGAGGGAAGGAACGCAGGGAACGAGGGAGGGAGGGAAUGAGGGAAGGAUGGAAAGAGAUAAGGAACAAGGGAGGGUAGGGAGGGAAGGAACGAGGGAGGGAGGGAGGGAAGGGACGAGGGAGGGGGGUAGGGAAGGAACGAGUGAGUGAGGGAGGGAGGGAAUGAGGGAGGGAGGGAACAGUUGAACCAUGGUACAAUGGUGACCAAGAGGAGAGGAGAGGCUAGAGGAUGAGAGGGUGAUAGGUUGCUAGCUGAUGGAGGGGCAGGUUGAUGGAUGACUGGUCCUGACAUGCAUGUUAUUGUCUCCCUGGCCUGAACUAUAGGGGAGGUGAGUUUGAAAGUGAGUGCCGAGGCAUUGAAGACUGAGAAGUUCUGCGGCAGCGAAGUGGCCACGGUCCCAGAAAAAGGAUGCAUUGACACCAUUGUGCAAACACUGCUGGUAGAGGUGAGUGUCUGUCCUGUAUAGAAAGUCCACUGUUAGUCCACACUAGGGCGAGGGUAAAUACAUUAGAAUAGAUAUCCCAUGCUAUUGUAUGUUUGGUAUUUUGAUGAGGAGACCAGCAUGUUUUGGUGUUUUAAGCCCAAAUGCAGUUAGUCACCGCCUCAUGCAUAAUAAAUAAAUUGAAAAUAUUUUUAAAAGUUUGAAUAAAGAUUCUAUCUGGGAAUUACUUAAUGCAAAUAUUUUCCAUUCAUUUUGGAUUGAGCCAUAUAGCUGGACUGACACAACAGACGGCCUGGGACGUAGACUUAUUAAAUAAAAAUGGACUUAUCUUAACAUUAGUCUACUUUUCAUAUCUAAAAUAUUUAAUUAACCUUUAAAUGGUUACCAUAUAAAUUCUAUGAUAGAAUUAAACAGAGUUGUCAUCAUUAGACAGUUUAUUAUUUUGGUGCUCUUUUACCUGAAGAAAGCCAGUGGUCUGUCUUUUCUCAAUGUCACUUUCCCUCUAUCAGGCCGAGGGAACCCAGGAGACCGUCAGCCACAACGCCCUGCUCUGCCCUGCAGGUUAUCUCCUGACCUCUAUCAGUCAUUUUACUUUCUCAUAAUUACCCUGAUGAUUAUGUUGACGUGCAUUUGUUUUGGUUUAGAUGACAGAUAUGUUUUAAGUGGAACUUGUGAUUGUUUAUAAUUUGUUAUAACGGUUCGCAAGUCACUCACGGUCUGUCUCGUUCAUCUGUCUCGCGUCACCAGAAGGCCCAGUGGAGAAGGACAUCUCUCUGAAGCUGCCUGAGGUGUUUGUGGUGGGCUCUGCCAAGGCCUCCCUCUCAGUACUGGGUGAGAAUACUCCAUCUGUUUGGCUGAGUUUUCACACCUAAUUCUAAGUUUUGUCAAAUGUUCAGGAUAUGUUUUCCAUUUUGGUGCAGAUAGGCAAGUGUAG